AUGCCGCCAAGGAUAGCUGGGCGACCCCGAGGAAGAGGAAGAGGACGUGGUAGAAGGCCGCACCCUGAGCCCGAAAGACAACACGUAAACCCUCCGCCACCAUCUCCACCUCGAUCACUUUCACCCCCCCCUGCCCCGACAGUAGAUAGAACUGUCAUUAACACCUUUCUGAAAAAGAAGCCGCCAACGUUUGACGGAAAAGGCGACCCCACUGAAGCGGAAUCGUGGAUACGUGCGCUCGAGCGCCUGUUUGACUUACUGCAAUGCACAGACGAUGAGCGUUUGGUUUGUGCCUCACUCCAACUGACUGGGUCAGCAGAUUAUUGGUGGGAAGCCCGCAAAAAGAUAAUGACCCCGCAGCAGCUAGAGGACCUAACUUGGGAUCAAUUCAAGACAGGAAUCUACGACAAAUACAUCCCCAAGAGCUAUAAAAAGCAGAAGGAAACAGAGUUCUAUAACUUGAAACAGGGACGAAUGUCAGUGACAGAAUAUGAUCGCACUUUCUUUGACCUGUCCAGGUACGGAGUUGAUCAAGUGGAUACGGAUGAAAAGAUGUCCGAGAAAUUUUGUGCUGGCUUGAGGCACGAAAUAAGAGUAGCAUUGGCUAGCCGUGGCGGACUACCAUAUUCCGAAGCUCUAAAACUGGCCUUAGACAUUGAAGCUGCAUUGCCUAAAGAAAGACCUGCACCCAACCCUACAAAUAUGUCACUGCAGACCUCGUCCCAAGCCCCAAGGGACAAAAGGAAGUGGGAAGGAAACCAGAACCAGUGGGGACAAAAGAAGCCAUGGCAUGGACCACCCCGCCCACAAAACUUUGCAAGGCAGCCUAUCUUUAAACCGACAGGAAUCACUCAACCAAGGCCCAAUCUUUGUCCCAAAUGUAACAAGCCCCACAGCGGAAUCUGCAGGGCCGGAGAAAUGAUUUGUUUUACUUGUGGAAGGUAUGGCCAUAUCGCCAGGAACUGUCAAAAUGGACUCCAGAGAAGGAGUGCACCAACUAACCAGCCAGCACAACGUCAACACUUGCGAGCUCUACAUGCAGACACCCAGAACCACCAGACCCCGCAUCCACAACGACCGAGCCUCUCAACUCAAGCUAGGGCAUAUGCAUUGGGACGAAACCAACAGAACAACAACCAUGGGAAUUUGGCAGGUAUGGGCACUCUAUUGAACGUACCUAUUGUCCUUUUGUUUGAUACUGGUGCCUCGCACUCCUUCAUAUCAACCUCGUGUGUAAGCACUUUAGAACUCACACCAGAACCAGCCGAACCUAGAGUAACGGUGUCCUCACCAGUAGGAGGAGUUAUAGAAAUCACACAAAAGUGCUCGAACCUAGAAAUCACGCUCGGAGAACGUAAGGGAUGGAAUGGUUGGCCAAGAACCACGCCACCAUCAAGUGCAGUGAAAGACAUAUUUCCUUUCAAACUCCGGGAGAAGGGCAAGUUGAGCUCCAUGGAAUCACUAUGA